CUCUGACGUCGAUCAUCAAAGCUUUUCCAUGUUGAUAUCUUUCGAGAUGAAAAUUCGGGGUGCCGUUGGCGAGGUAUGGGGACGUCGAAUUCCGGUUCAAAAUGACCAAAACUCUGUUCGCGGGAACGAAUUCGCUAAGAAGAUGUGUUUGGCAGCAAUUCCGCAGCGUUCGCGGUGGUAUGUGGCAUCUAAUGCUUGACAAACGCACAAGCGAAGCGAUAUCGAGGGGCCAAACAGCCAUGGAAAGCGUUAACACAGAAGUUUUGCGCGUUUGUUUGGCCUCAACGCCCAGGAGCUUUGCAGUCGGUUAGAUUCCACUAAGCCUAGUUUGGAUAUAGCGCGCCAUUAGUCAUAUCUGAACUAGACCUAAGGAGGACUAGCGCGGUGGCUGAAGCAAAGCGGCCAAAAACACCAGGGAGGCUCCAAGCGCGGUGACAACGGAGGCAGACAGACAGACAGAGACCCCAAACCACAUAUCGAAACUGACCCGCAUAUCCCAAUUGCUCCGCUUCCUCGAGCGAUAUCCCUGGCAGCGAUCGAUGAACCCCGUUUUAGUGUUCGAGUAUUAGGAGGAGUGUAAAUGUUUGUUUGAUCCAACUCAGCCCGUCGCUCUCCUACUACACUCCAUCCCAUCCCUUCUCUCCUACUCACUCCAGCCCUAUACUAUACAACGCUGCCCGCCUCCAUUACCAUAUCCGAACGCGUGGGACACCAUGCCUCGUACUUCAAAACGCACGCUGGAGGAGAUCGUGCUGAAGUCAGAUUCCGACGAUGGCGACUACAGCGAUAGCAAGCCGCGACCUGCACGGAAGUCCACUACCUCCAAAUCCAAAUCGAAGAAACGACCUACUAAACGGCGGAGAAGAAACUCGAUGGAUGACGAUGAUGACGAGUCCGACAUCCUUACCAGUGAGGACGACAUCUCGAUUGAAUCUGAGUUUGAUGAAGACGAUCCCACCCUAGAAAGAAACGCGCGAGGAUCGAUAAAGAGGAGGGCUGCAAAAAAAGCCAACUAUCAGGUUUCGUCUACUAGCGAUGAGGAUGAGAAUGAGCUGGAGGAGGAGGAAGACGAGGAAGAGGAAGAUAAGCGGGAGGUGAAGGGGAAAUCACGAAAUACCGACAAAGGUAGAACAACAAGACGAUUAUUAGUGAAGUUCCCCAUCGCGGCCCAGUCAAGCACGACCCGUCCUACCAGGAAUACCCGGGGUCGAAGCGCCAGCAAGGAAAAUCCGACACCCACCGAGUAUCAAGGGACCAGGCGAAUUACUCGCCGAACCUACGAUGAGACUGAGGAUAUUGUUGCACUCACUGGUUCCGGACGCCACGUCCAGACAGUACGUAAAGCCACACGCAGUCCUGAGUCCUUGCCACGGACACGUAGGGGCGCUGCCGCGCCUGCUCAUGUUCCCUCCAAAAGUACCAUCGACGAGGAAGAGGAAGUCUCCAACCAGGAGUUGCAAGACGAAGGUGAUACAGUGCCUGCUGACCCGGUGGCGUCGCAGAUUGAAAUAAUGGAAAGUGACCAACAUGGAGAUUUUGAGGAAGACGCACCAGCUGUGGCUGCGUCAGAUAAUAUUAAUCCUCCACCUGAAGCAGAAGAGAACUCUCAAGAUAAGGAUGUUGAAAUGGGUGGAGAGGGCUUUGUACCUGAAUCGGACCAAGGUGGGGAAAACGAAGAGGAAGAAGAUGAGGAUGAGGCCCCACGGUCGAGUAGAAACCCCCGGGCGAGUCGGAAGCAGAAUAUGCCAGCUGAGACUGUGGAAGAGGCAAACCCACCCACUCGCCGUUCCACGCGCAAAUCUGCCGCUCGAAGUUCGCGCCAACCAGAAGAGGAUGGCAGCGAUUUUGAGCCGAAUGAUGACGAGGCCAAUGAUGAAGAUUUAUCUGAAUCGGAAGCAUCUCAGGCCUCGCCGCGCAAAGACAGCCAACAAAAUAUCGACGAGGCUUAUGAGAGUAGUAAUGACCGUCGAUCCAGGCUUAGAAAGCGACAAUCUCAAUCCCAAGGGCGUGUUGAAUCGGAGGCAGGUGAACUUGCAGAAGAACUGGCAGAGCUGAGACCUGGUCGGCGCCGCCGGAGAGCACAAAAUGAAAUAGUCUAUGAAGAUAAACCGCGGCGCACUCGAAAGUCUGUGGACUAUAGAAUCAUCCGACCUGAGAUUACUUUGCCUAUUGAAGAUGAAGACAACGUACCUUCCGGGUCUCCUUCGCGGCGUGGUCGAGGUGGAGGCAGUGGCUGGCAGAGAACCUUAUUUUCAACCUAUGGCCCCUUUGGAGGUGCAGGUGGCCUUCCGCCGCUCCUAGGGGGUCCGGGGACGGGCGCAGCAGGUGGAGCAGACAGCGACAGUAGCGAUGAUGAUUCCGGCCAAAGGCCAAUGAUUGGUGGAAUGUCAGGGAUGACCCCUACGGCAGGAUUUGCACCCGGGUUCAAUAUUGCUCCUGGCCAUGCAUUCGCACCUGAUACCGCCCCUGGUCUCUCAGGCACUCCAGCAAAUUUCGGAAAGGUGAAGGAUAAGCAAGCUCUGGCUGACUCUGACCCGCUGGGAAUCGAUCCCAAUGUCAAUUUCGACAGCGUUGGGGGUCUACAAGGUCAUAUCGACCAGCUCAAGGAAAUGGUUGCGCUUCCUCUGCUCUAUCCGGAGAUUUUCCAACGGUUUCAUAUCGUUCCACCACGAGGUGUUUUGUUUCAUGGACCUCCUGGUACCGGAAAAACGCUUCUUGCUAGGGCUCUCGCCUCUAGCGUGAGUUCAGAGGGCCGUAAGGUAACCUUCUAUAUGAGAAAGGGAGCAGAUGCUCUCAGCAAAUGGGUGGGUGAAGCGGAGAGGCAACUCCGUUUACUUUUCGAUGAAGCUCGAAAGACCCAACCUAGCAUUAUCUUUUUCGAUGAAAUUGAUGGCUUAGCACCAGUUCGAUCGAGUAAACAGGAACAGAUUCAUGCGUCUAUUGUUUCCACUCUCCUUGCAUUGAUGGAUGGUAUGGACGGUCGAGGCCAGGUUAUUGUCAUCGGGGCAACGAAUCGGCCGGAUUCCAUUGAUCCGGCCCUGCGACGCCCUGGGCGGUUCGAUCGCGAAUUCUACUUCCCUCUACCUAAUACUGAAGCCCGACGCGCGAUUUUGGAUAUUCAUACUCGGGGCUGGGAUCCUCCUCUUCCAGACGAAAUCAAGGAUGAAUUAGCAGAGCUGACCAAGGGGUAUGGCGGUGCGGAUCUACGGGCUCUAUGUACAGAAGCAGCCUUAACUGCAGUCCAGCGAAAGUAUCCACAAAUCUACAGAUCGAACGAGAAGCUCCUGAUUGACCCGAAGAAGAUAGAAGUUUCCCCAAAGGACUUUAUGAUGUCUAUCAAAAAGCUUGUUCCCUCAUCGGAAAGGUCUGCAUCAUCGGGUGCUUCGCCUUUACCUUCCAUUGUUGAACCCCUCCUCAAAGCUCCACUACGCGACAUAAAGCAGAUCCUCGCAGGGAUUCUUCCGCAAAAGAAGCGGCUUACGCCUUUGGAAGAGGCUCAGUUUGAAGAGCCGGAGGACUCUGCUGGAUUCAAGAAAGAACGGAUGCAACAAGAAUUUGAGACCUCCCGCAUAUUUAGGCCAAGGCUACUGAUUCGGGGCAAUCCGGGAAUGGGCCAGCAGUAUCUUGCGGCUGCACUGCUGCACCACUUUGAGGGACUGCAUGUACAAGCUUUUGAUCUUCCAACGCUAAUAAGCGACUCUACCAGGUCACCAGAAGCUAGUGUAGUUCAACUUUUUACAGAGGUGAAACGGCACAAACCAAGUGUCAUCUAUAUACCCAACGUGCAAACCUGGUACGAAACAGUCGGGCAAACAGUCAUUUCAACAUUCCUUGGUUUACUACGCUCGCUUCCCCCAACGGAUCCUGUGUUACUUCUUGGGGUACUUGAGGAUGAUGGUGACAAUAUCGAUACCACGAUGAUGCGUGAUUUCUUCGGUUUUUCCAAAAAGAAUCGAUUUGAUCUGCAUGCACCCGAAAGUCUAUGGCGAUACGAGUUCUUUAGUAACUUAAUCAAGUAUAUUAAAAGUGCUCCGCCCGAAUUUCCCGACCCAGAGAAUAGGAAAAGGCGAAAGCUCGAAACGCUAGAACGCGCCCCUCCGGCUCCUCCACCACCACCAGUACCCCCAACACGACAAGAGAUAAAGGCACAGAAGAAACGGGAUCGCUAUACUCUGAACGCUUUGAAGAUCAGAAUUCAACCAAUCAUGGACGAGAUUAAGAAAUAUAAGAAAUUCCGGGCUGGCGUCAUUGACGAAGCGCAAAUUGGGUAUCUGUAUGAAGAGGAGGACCCGAACAUUGUAACAAGUGAUAUACCUUUAGUGCACCGCACUACCUUCCGCCCUUUCGAAAAGGACGUUGACAAACACGGCGUACCUGGUUUGCGCGAAACUGUAUCCGGAAAGUUUUAUUACAACCUUGAUAUUGUUACAAUCGAGAAACGGUUGUCCAAUGGAUAUUAUAAGCGGCCGAAGGACUUUUUGGCUGAUAUUAAGCGGAUUGCGAAAGAUGCACGGCAGCUUGGAGACCAGGAUAGGCAGCUGAAGGCAAACGAAUUAUUAUCAAAUGUUGAAGUUGAUAUCGGUAAUAUUGAACACACAGAUCCCCUGCUUGUGGCUGAGUGCGAGCAAGUCUACCUUCGUGAAGUCGAACGUGAGAGGGUUUCUCUCGAAAAAGCCAAGCGGGCGGCGGGCGCGGACGGUGUCAUGGCUCCUCCUCCAAUAAUGAAUGUUCCUCAUGGAAAUACGGAAACAUCAUACCAAUCAUCGGGGCCGGUUGUCCUGGGCGAACCUUUUGCAGGUCGUCACCUCUCAACCCAUGGGGAACCCACCACCCCGACUCGUAUCUCUCACGCCAGUACUGUUACGAAUGGACACGGGCCGGGUAAAACUAGCGUGGGUGCGAAUGAAACCGGCAGUCGACCUCCAGCCAGCAACGGAUUUGUUGGUGCUGAUGGCGAUGUUCAGAUGUCAAAUUCAGAUGAUGUUCAACCCAGCGAGCGCGACAAUACCCAGAAUAGUUCCUUUGGGCAAUCGGCACAACCACGACCACCACACUCUUACACCGCACCUUCCCAACAGCUCCGGCAACAAUCCGGUCUCUCAAAUUUGUCGCAGAAGAGGACACUGACGCCAAUGGCCCCUGGUUCACAGCCAGGUGACUACACCAACGAUGCCUCUACUACGCAAACAACUUCAGACAAAAAACACUCGGGUCUUUCAUAUGCACACCAGAUUAACACCCAAAGCUCAAUAAGUGGUUCAGCGAGACAUGAGUACCCAGAUCUGAAUUUGUACCCUGACCGCCUGUCUGGAGAUGAGCCUCUACCCGAUACGCAGCAGGGUGAGAGCGGUGCCUGGGGCACACCCCUUACGGGCAUUGUAGACUUUGCGAACUCGGAACCUAGCCUUGCAAAUGGCAGCCAAUCGCAGCGCAACAUCAACAACAGCAACAAUAGCAAAUUCUCACAAUGGGAUGCACAACCUCCCAUACCACCAUUCGACGGUGCCGGACCGAGGACGACAACUACGCCCCGCCAAGCGCGCGUGCAGGAACUUCUGCACGGGGAGGGUGCCCAACAAGAACAUCACCAUUCUUCAGCUCCCUUCCCUCCUGCUGCUGGGAAGUUGAUUGUAGAUGACCGUCGUCUCGAAGCACUGCAUCAGACAUUUACGCAGAGGACCAAUGGGCUGUCCGUUGAACAGCUGGAGCAGGUUAAUACGAGCCUUAUGGAUUGCGUGUGGAGGAUGCGUGGGGAGUGGAAUCGGGUAGAGGUUGCGGAGGCGGUGGAGCAGGCGUUUGAAGAGGUGUUGAGUGAUAUACAGUCUAUGCAGGACUUUUCGGUGAUUUCUUGAGCAUUUUUCUUUUUAUCUUAGGGGCGGGAAGGGGGUAGGAUUGAAAUGAAAGCCUUUUUUGUGUGCGUGCAGGUGGCGGUAUGGUUGGGUGUUUUUGUACGCUUUACUUAUUGUUUCAAUUAAGCUUAUUACCUUUCUAUGAUAGGUAACAGGGCGAGAAUCGAUUUCACUGUCCCGUGUAUUUAAGCUCUUUUUGCAAAAAAUUCCUCCCUUCCCUCAUCCCUUUUGUUUUCUUUUCUUGUAUUUGGGUACGAUAAUUCCCUUUUCGCGGUUUGUUUUAUCAGGUAGUGUUUUUAUUUUUUUUGUCUAGCUCAUGCACCUAUUCUCCCCCAACUCAUCUCCUAUGUUAUAGAACUGGUUUCUAUGGUAGUUAUAUCUAUAUGAACCUUCCAUUUUAUUUCUAUUUCUAUUUUCUUUUUCAGAGAGUUAGAUAGAAUAAGUACGGGAGCACUGCAUGUCUGCCAGACCAAUACAC